UCGGAACCACCCAUCAUCAGUCACAGGCCGAGCAUCAACCGACGUGGUCAAGUUUUCCCAGCAGUUCAACUCAAUCAACAAACCAACAAUCACCAUGAACAAGAUCAUCGCCGUGGUUUUCUUCACCGCCGUCGUCGGUGCCCUGGCUGAUUACGCAGCACCAGCUAAGCCAUACCACGCUCCGGCUCCAGCUCAUCACGCUCCUGCCCCGGCCUACCACGCACCAGCCCCGGCUCACCACGCCCCAGCUCCGGCUUACCAUGCGCCAGCCCCAGCCCACCACCCGGUUGUCCACACAUACCACGCCAAGGCCCCAGCAGCUAAAUGCGGUGCCAAUCUGCUGGUCGGAUGCGCCCCAAGCGUAGCUCACGUGCCAUGCGUUCCAGUGCAUCCCGCACCUGCCCACGGACACGCACCCGCCCACUACUAGACGCCCCCUCCGCUGGUGAUGAUGACAAACCUGGCACGAAACCUGGACGAAGUCGCGGUAGAACGAGACAACUUGGUUGCUGUGGAAUAGUGUUGUUUUUUUAAGUUUGCAAUUGAAUGUUGUGAGUGCGAAGGAGAAUAAAUUGUUAC